GCCAGAGGCCACCUAUUAGCUUGCUCGGCCGUUGGUUCCAAGGAAAAACUUAGCUUGCUCGCGCCGGUGGUUUCAAGAAAGAAAGUUGCUCGCGUCCUAUUUUCCGUCAACCUCUUCGCCGCGGCUACCUGUCCCCUCUUUUAGGUUUGCUCGAUUCGUUUACCUGAUUUUUGUUUUAAGAAUUAGGGUUUUAAAAAUCAGAUCCUAAAGUGACGCGCCAAAUUUAGAAGCGAGAGAGAAAGAGAUUUAAUGGAAAAGGGAAUUGGGGAAGAAAAGGGUUUGGGUUGGCGCAGAGAUGCCCAUCGUCUAACUCGAAUAAAUGCACAUGAAUUCGACACCGGGAAGAAAUCCAGGUACAGUUUUUAUCAUCAUUCUGCCUUUUGAUUUCGAUUCCAAUUUCACAACUAGGUUUUGGUAUUGUAGAUGUCGAGUUGCAAUUUCUAAUCAAUUGGAAUUGCGGAACUUGAUUUUGGUGGAUUCAUACAUUUAAUUUUUUUUGUUUGUUUGAGUCCUAUUCUUGAUGUGCGGAAAAGGAAGGCGGUUCGAUUGAGCAAAGAUGUCGACUCCAAACGUCGCCAAAUUAACAAUGGGCUGUCGUUCAUAGAGCUAAGAACUCAAAAUAUUCAGCUGAUGAGGAUAUGGAGGAGACAGAUGUUAAAGAUCCAAAUUUAAAGCAAUCUCUGGAGUCUGCUACUUCUCAGAUUAGCCAGCUAGCUCUUUCUAAUAGUCCUACUGGUGUUGCCAAUCUUGCAGCUGUUUUUCUGUUCCCGCUUUUCAUAAAUUAUUUUCAGAUGGGUGUCACUGGAGCAGCCACUGCCACCGUUGUGUCUCAAUACAUAGGUAGCUUCUUGAUGAUUUGGUUUCUUAGCAAGAGAGUAAUAUUAUUACCUCCAAAAUUUGGAGAUCUGAAGUUUGGGGUCUAUUUAAAAUCUGGUGGAUUUCUGAUUGGAAGAACUGUGGCUGUUUUGAUAACUAUGACGAUUGGGACCUCGAUGGCUGCUCGUCAAGGUCCUCUAGCUAUGGCUGCUCAUCAAAUCUGUAUGCAAGUGUGGUUGGCUGUCUCUCUUUUAACUGAUGGAUUGGCCGCAUCUGGUCAGGUCUACACUCCGAGGAAUGCGCCUAUACUAGUGAGGAAAUUGAUGUGGUUAGUGAGCAACGGGCUAAGUGUUUUACCCGCAAGUAUUUACUAUUGGCUUGAGCGCGCUUGA